GCCGAAGGAGGUGGAAAGGAGGGGUAUCACGUGACCGUCGCUUACGCCCCUCGAAAAACUAUAAAGGGGGAGCAUUCCCCUCGCUUCCCCUCAUCUCUCCUCGUCUCGCAUCAACCCACCUCAUAAAUGCUGACACACCCUUACCAACAUCGCAACCAUGUGCGGCAAAGGAGUCGACCAAACAACGCGUUCACCGCAGCAUUAUCAGGUCAUGGCACCGGAGCUGCUGGAAAAACAUGUAAUGUAUUAUGAUGAAAACAAGCGUUAUGACUUUGAGCUUGAGGAAUCGUUUUUCACAGAGAAAAUGGAUUUCGACAUCUGGGGAGCUCUAGCUAGACCUGUGCUUCCAAUCAAGAAGGUUGUCCCAAAGAAUGAUGCAGAUGAUUACCCCUGGCGAAUUUCUCUCGGUUUGUUCGAUCUUCUCUCGAAUGAACUUAUCGAUAUGGUCAUCGAUAACAUAUCAACAUCUGACGAUGAUCUCAUCGCUCUUGGACUGACGUGUCAAGGGUUUUGGGACUCGAUUGUCCAUCGAGUGCAGAGAAGAUGUAUCGACAAUGUGGCUCCGUGGGCUGGGCAGAAGAUUGCAUUAUUGGGAUCCUGGUCAACCUCACUGCCACCUCCUCUUGAAGCCAAUGAUCUUGCCCUGAAACUCGUGGAUGAUGCAGACUAUCACGUCAAUAGACACACAUCAAGGAGUCUUUUCUGCUUGUUUUUCGAUGAAGGAGCUACACUGCAGACUACAAAGAGUCGACAGGAAGUUUGGUUGAAACUCGUCGACAAGCAUCUCCCAGACAGUGGGGUCCCAGAUUGGAGAUGGGAGGAUUUGAGAGAGCAGUUCAGGGAGUUGGAUCUGUUUCCAAUUGAUCGGGACUGGAUUCUUCGAAAUCUAACGACUCAUGAAUAUGUCUCAGCGUCCUUCGUAUCUGCGGGUGAUCGGGACUCCAAGAUACGGCUCGUUGAUAUUUUACUGUCGCAAAUCUGUUGGACAAACGUGCCAUCUCUUUGGGGUGGUCACUUGGAGGGUCUCCAUGAAGGAGCUUGGGCAGGACAUGCUUUUGAUAUUGUGACUGUGGAUGUCCUAGUCAAGGAAGGAGGAAAGAUGGCGUGGAAAGACGUAACCGAUGAUGUAGUCGAGAAAGUGGAAUUACUGAGCUGAAUAACUUUUGUACAUUUGCUGAUGUGGAUGGACUUGAAGGAGGUCUUGCUUUAGCGAACCAAAUGUCAGACUUUCUAAGGCGGCAAAGACAGCAUUCCUAAAUAAAUUCCGGCCAGUUGCCCAGAAUAGCCUCAGAGCAUGCCGCUAGAAUCCUGUGUGCUUUGGAAGCCAGGUUGACCGUUGAUAUAGCCUUGACGAAAAGAGGCACUUCUGCCAAUCCACGUUCCCAGUCACACUUUCUUAUCUGCUUAAUUCAUAAUUUAGCCUGGCAAG